AUGAUCAAUAAAAAAAGAACACUUGAUAAUACUCAAGGUAUGGCAUUUCAAGUGUUACUCAUUUGUUUGAUUUUCACCAUCGUGAUUGCAUCCUUAAUGUGGAGAAAACAAAACAAGACCCUCCUUCCACCAAGUCCAAUGGCCCUCCCCAUCAUUGGUCACCUCUACCUUCUCUCCUCAAUACCUCACCAAGAUUUUCACAAGCUCUCAAUCCGCUAUGGACCCAUCAUGCACCUUUUCCUCGGCUCAGUCCCUUGUGUGGUGGCUUCCACCGCACAAGCAGCCAAAGAGUUCCUCAAAACUCACGAAGCCUCCUUCUCCAACCGCCCUGCUGAAGCCGUAGCCGUUGAGGCCUUAACCUACGGCUUCCAAGACUUCUUCUUCGCACCCUACGGACCCUACUGGAAGUUCAUGAAGAAACUGUGCAUGUCUGAACUUCUCGGUGGCCACAUGCUGGACCAGCUCCUUCCCGUGAGGCAGCAAGAGAGCAAGAGAUUCAUCCAACGCGUGCUUCAAAAAGGGGUGGCUGGUGAGGCCGUGGAUUUCGGAGGAGAGUUGAUGACACUCUCGAAUAACAUCGUGUCGAGAAUGGCCGUGAGUCAGACGAGUACUGAGAACGAGAAUGACAUCGAAGAGAUGAAGAAGCUGGUGGCGGAUUCUGCAGAGCUCGUGGGGAAGUUCAACAUAUCGGACUUCAUUUGGUUCUUGAAGCGUUUCGAUUUGCAAGGAUUCAACACGAGGCUCAAGAAAACUCGGGACAAGUUCGAUGCUGUGUUGGACAGAAUCAUAAAGCAGCGUGAAGAGGAAAGAAGGAUCAACAACCAAACCGGUGGAACACGUCCGUUUAAGGAUAUGCUUGAUGUUUUAUUGGACAUGUUCGAAGAUGAGAGUUCCGAAAUCAAACUAAACAAAGACAAAAUUAAGGCCUUCAUCCUGGACAUAUUUGUUGCUGGGACUGACACAUCAUCAGUAACCAUAGAAUGGGCUAUGGCAGAGUUAAUCAACCAUCCACAUGUGUUGGAGAAGGCAAGGCAAGAAAUAGAUGCAGUGGUUGGAAAGAGUAGAAUAGUAGAAGAAUCAGACAUUAACAACCUUCCUUACCUGCAAGCCAUUGUUAAAGAAACAUUCAGGCUUCAUCCAGCUGGUCCAUUACUUCUUAGAGAGUCAUCAAGAAGUGUAGUGGUCUGUGGGUAUGAUAUUCCUGCCAAGACUCGAUUAUUUAUCAACAAUUGGGCUAUUGGUAGGGACCCCAAUCUGUGGAAAAACCCUCUUGAGUUCAGACCAGAGAGGUUUAUUGGUGAAGAGGAAUUGGAUGUUAGGGGACAACAUUACAAUCUACUUCCUUUCGGAAGUGGAAGAAGAAGGUGCCCUGGUAUUUCUCUAGGAUUACAAGUUGUGCAUGUGAAUCUGGCUCUGAUGAUUCAGUGUUUCCAAUUGAAGGUUAAUGGUGGUAAUGGCAAAGUGGACAUGGAAGAGAAGUCUGGCCUCACUCUUCCAAGGGCUCACCCUUUAUUUUGUGUUCCUGUUCCAAGGCUUAACCCAUUCCCUGCUAUGUGA